AUGUCGAUUGACUCCUUCAACUUCUCAAAUUCCACGGUGUCAAGAAAACCUAUAAUGGGUCCCAGCAAUGUGACGAUACCGAAUGGAGAGUUCAACGAGCAGGCGUUCCAAGUGUCGAUCGUCUCCGUCAUGGCCGUAGUCGGUACCGUGGGGAACAGCGUCAUCCUCGGCCUCCUGCUCACCAUCUGCCGAGGAGACACCACCGCCACUCCCUUCGUCAUCAGCCUGACCGUCGCGGACCUCGUCGUCUCUCUCGUCAUAGACUCCUUCCACAUCAAGGGGAUCCUCCAUCCGGAGUUCUUCAUCGAGCACGUCUACGUGUGCCGCACCGUGGGAAGCAUGUGUGUGGCCGGCUGCAUCGCUUCUCUCGCCACCGCCGCUGUCAUCAGCAUCAAUCGGUACCUGUGCGUGUGCAAGCGGGCCCUGCACGACGCCGUCUUCACAAACCGAGGCAAUGCGCUGAUCGUGUCCGUCGUUUGGGUCUACGGCGCCUUGUACGUCAUUCCGCUGUGGAUAGGCUAUGGUGGCGUCCGCUACGACUUGAAGACAAAGAACUGCAUGUAUGACAGAACCAACAUCGUCUUUACCCUGAUAUUUAUCAUUGUCGGGCACCUCAUUCCAACGGUAGCCGUCUUUGCAGCCAACACAAAACUCUUCCUGUACGUGAGGAACGUGAAGGGAAAAGUCAAAUCUCCUGUGGUCAGAGGAAAACUUCUGAAAGACGAGAUGAAAGUUUUCAAAUCGCUCGGCAUCCUCUGCGUGUACUUCGUGCUGAGCUGGCUGCAGUACGCGGUGAUCGUCGUGUCCGACCCCGCCGACGACUGGCCAGCGGCCGCGCACUUCCUCAGCCUCGUCAUAGCCCACACGAGCAGCAGCCUCAACGCCGUCCUCUUCGCGGCGACCAACAGCAACAUGAAGAAGAAAGUGAAGAAGCUUUGCAGGUUCACCAAGUGUAGCGCGAAGCACGGCAUCAAAGACACCACGGACCAGAUGAACACAUUCCAUCUGCGCCGAAUACACGGGACGGGGAACAGACCUUAUGGCGUGACGGUGUAA